UUUUGGAUCAUGUCGGCAAUUAAAUCCUUUUUCUAAAUUCAUUUGCAAAUAUAUUUAUAUUCCUCUAACUUCUUCACAUUUUAUGACUUUACAACCAAAAUCUUCACCAUAUUUAAGACAACAUUUGCAAUACAUUCAAUGUUAUGCAGUACUUUGAAGUUGAGGUAAAAAAUGAGACAUGGUUUUCCAAGCUUUUGACAAAUAAAGAUCUGAAAAGCAUAUCAUGAAUUUGCAUUCAGCCUAAAUAAAAUCCAGUGCAAACAAAUGACAUCAGAGGUCACUGAAUUAGUAAACAGAGUCCACUUAAAAACAAUUCAAAUACCACUGCUAUGUAAAAGCCUCAUGGGUUUUGAUAGAGAACAUUAUUGAACCAUCAUGGAAGAUUGUACCAAGACCAAAACUCAACUUUGUGCCCAGCAUACAAAUCUAUGCAGCAGGGAAAUGAAAGCUGGGCAGAAAAUAUGUUGGAGGUUGCAAAAGUCUUAAGCAGGGGUGAAGGUUCACCUUCCACCAGAGAAUUGACCUUUAACACAAAGCCUAUUUAAGUUUUACAAUGGCCAAGUCAAAAUUAAGACUUAAACCCCAAUCAAGAAUUUGAGGCAAGGCUUGAAAUUUGUUAGUUUCAAACACUUUCCUUCCCCCGAGAUUAAGCUCUUUUGCAAAGAAAAAUAAGCAAAGCUUUUAGGUUCUAGAUGUGCAACGCUAUUAGAGACACUCAAAAUACUUGCAGCUGUAAUCAGUCUCACAUGAAGCCCCAUCCCCCCAAAACUAAAUUACAAUAAAGUAUGUGAUUGUACCUCAUCAAAUAUGGGAAAAAGUUCAAAGGAAAUAUAAACACCUUUCUAGGACCCUGAAUGUAGCAUUGACCAGGCUUGAAAUAUGCACAAGAUUAAUCCUAAUUAUAAAAAUGUUCGCAAAACACAUUUUUCAAAAGUAGCAUCUGGAGCAGAAUCCUCACAAGUGAUGCGAUGAGGAUUACCCAGCAUAUAAAGCCUUGAUGAACCAUAUAGAGCUAGAUGAGGAAGAUCAGUGCACACUCAGUCUUGCUUGGUGGAAGUGCUUAGUUUAUGUGUUCAUAGAAAGCAUGUUGCACGCAGACACAGAAGAGGUUCUAUGUCGCUAAUCCUCCCUUGGCUUUCAGAGUGCCAUCACUCCUCCGACACACUCUGAUGUUUUAGGCUGCAUAAUUCUCCGAUAGACCAGGAUAAGCAACUUAAACAGCUUUUUCAAGGAUCAUGUCACUGUAGGCUUUACACAAUCUGAUGCUGCAAUGUUUUAAGCGCAGGUGAAAGUGUGUUGACCUGAUACAAUCCUCCCAUUCUAUGAUAAGUGCACCACUUGAAGCAGCUGGAUUAAACUGGUGAAAAAGCAUAAAUAGUGAGACACUUUUAUCUAAUAAGAAAACACAGACAAAACAACUGGCAAUUGCAUGAACAAAAAAUGUUUACAGUGUUUAAACUGUUGUGUUAUGCUUAUUGUUAACCUAUCUCGUGGCCUGGUGUGCAGUGUCAGCGUUCAGGCAAGUCUAAUUCAAUUUGCUAUGAAUGCAUGUGACAGAAUGGUCUGCAUAAUAUUGUUGGAUACAGCUGAAUGUCUAACAAAGCGAGCGCUAUUCCUCCUUGCUGAGAAAAGUGGCUGAUUGUUUUCAUAAGGAUGGACAUAGAAUGUAGAAGUCUGAAGUUCUGGUUAAAACCGAAAGUGAGUGGGAAAAUACUUUCCAGAAAAAUUAUAAACUCUAAGGUAAUUUAGUUCUGUUUUCUGUUGAACCAUUAAACCAUUAUUAAACUACUCUCUUUUUCUCCUUCCAUGUAGAUCACGGUUUUUCGAAUGGGCUCUGAGGGGCAGCAGGAUAUUGAAAUGGCUAUUCUGACUGCCUUGUUAAAAGGCACUAAUGCAUCUGCGGCAGACCAGCUCAGUCUGGCCCUGGCCUGGAACCGAGUGGAUAUUGCCCGCAAUCACAUUUUCGUUUACGGGCACAACUUACCACCUGCUGGAGCCAUUGCCAUGACAACAACUAGUGCUGCCACAACUCAGGAAAAGCCAAAGAGUCCAGCCAGCGCUCCACGCAGCAAGAUGAGGGCCAAAAAGGGGAAAGGAAAAGGAAAGACCAAACCUGAGCCUCCUGAGGAGACAGAUCCCAGAAAGCUGGAGCUAAUUCGCUGGGUGAACUCUUUGGAGCAGGCUAUGAUGGAUGCUCUGGUGUUGGAUAGAGUGGACUUCGUCAAACUGCUGCUUGAGAACGGGGUCAACAUUCAUCAUUUCCUCACCAUCCCUAGAGUGGAGGAGCUGUACAACACUAAACUUGGCCCUGCAAAUACACUGCAUGCUGUGGUUAGAGAUGUUAAAAAGGGAAAUCUUCCUCCAGAUUAUCAGAUCACUUUGAUUGAUAUUGGUCUGGUGUUGGAAUACCUCAUGGGUGGAGCUUACAGAAGCAAUUAUACAAGAAAGGCUUUCCGCAACCUCUACAAUAAUCUAUAUGGCCUGAAAAGGCCAAAAGCUUUGAAACUCCUGGGAAUGGAGGAUGAUGAACCGAGACCAAAAGGCAAGAAAAAGGCCAAAAAGAAGAAGGAAGAAGAGGUGGAAAUAGAUGUGGAUGACCCAGAGGUCUGCCGAUUCAAGUACCCGUUCCACGAGCUGAUGCUGUGGGCAGUUCUUUUAAAGCGCCAGAAGAUGGCGCUGUUUCUUUGGCAGCGUGGGGAGGAGGCUAUGGCGAAGGCCCUGGUAGCUUGUAAGCUGUAUAAGGCCAUGGCCCACGAGUGCUCCGAAAGUGAACUGGUGGACGACAUAUCCCAAGACCUGGAGAACAAUUCCAAAGAAUUUGGGCAACUAGCUUAUGAGCUGUUGGAUCAGUCCUACAAGCGCGACGAACAAGUAGCCAUGAAACUCCUAACAUACGAGCUAGUCAACUGGAGUAACUCGACCUGUCUGAAGCUGGCGGUAGCUGCAAAACAGCGGGAUUUUAUCGCUCACACCUGCAGCCAAAUGUUGCUCACUGACAUGUGGAUGGGCUGUUUGAGGAUUGGAAAAAAUCCUGGCCUCAAGGUUAUUCUAGGAAUUAUAUUCCCCCCACUGAUUAUGCUCCUGGACUUCCGAAUUGGAGAGGACACUUCUUAUCAAAGACCCGGAGAAAAAGAAGAGGGAAAGGACAAGGACGACGAUGCAAAAUCCAGCAAGGACCCCAACAAUGAUGGGACUUCCCGCAAAGGAGAUGAAGAGGAGGGAAAUGCUAAUGUGCGCAAAAUUCCCAUUACAAAAAGGUUCUUUGAAUUUUAUGAUGCGCCUUUUACCAAAUUCUGGUUCAACACCAUUUCCUAUCUGGGUUAUUUGAUGUUGUAUAAUUACAUCAUUCUUGUGAAAAUGGAGCGAUGGCCAUCUAUACAAGAGUGGACGGUCAUUGCUUACAUCCUCACUCUUGGCACAGAAAAAGUUAGACAGAUACUGAUGUCAGAACCAGGAAAGCUGAAGCAGAAGAUAAGUGUUUGGAUGGAGGACUACUGGAACAUCACAGACCUUGCUGCCAUCUCUACCUUCCUUCUGGCACUGAUGCUGCGGCUACAGCCUGAGCCAUACAUGGGCUAUGGCAGAGUCAUCUACUGCAUAGACAUCAUCUUCUGGUACAUUCGUGUGCUGGACAUCUUUGGAGUCAACAAGUACCUGGGACCAUACGUGAUGAUGAUUGGGAAAAUGAUGAUUGACAUGAUGUACUUUGUCGUGAUCAUGCUGGUGGUACUGAUGAGCUUCGGCGUGGCUCGGCAAGCCAUCCUUCAUCCGGAUGAAGAGCCGACGUGGCGCCUGGCCAGGAACAUCUUCUACAUGCCCUACUGGAUGAUCUAUGGGGAGGUUUUUGCGGACUCGAUAGACCGUAAGACUAGAAUUCAUAUCUAUGCAAUGGAAAUUAAUCCUCCGUGUGGAGAACAUCUAUAUGAUGAAGAUGGGAAAAAGCUUCCUCCAUGCAUCCCCGGUGCAUGGCUCACACCUGCAAUUAUGGCUUGUUAUCUUCUCGUGGCAAACAUCCUUCUGGUUAACUUGCUCAUUGCCGUCUUCAACAACACCUUCUUUGAAGUCAAGUCCAUCUCCAACCAGGUGUGGAAGUUUCAAAGAUACCAGCUAAUAAUGACUUUCCACGACCGCCCAAUCCUGCCUCCACCUCUCAUCAUCCUGAGUCACCUCUACAUCCUCUUCAACAGGCUUUUCCGCCGUUGCAUCAGGAAAAAUAAGGAAGGAGAGCUUGAUGAGAAGGAUCGGGGCCUCAAGCUCAGACUUAAUCCAGAGGAGCUAAAGAAUCUGUAUGAGUUUGAGGAACAGUGCGUGGAGGAAUAUUUCCGGGAAAAGGAAGAUGAGCAACAGUCUUCAAGUGACGAACGCAUCAAGGUUACUUCAGAGAGAGUUGAGAACAUGUCAAUGCGUCUGGAGGAGGUCAAUGAAAGGGAGAACACCAUGAAAGCAUCUUUGCAGACAGUAGACCUGCGUCUGGCCCAGCUGGAAGAGCUCCAUGGACGUAUGGCUUCCGCACUGGAAAAGCUUGCAGGGCUGGACAAACUGGAGCUAACCAGAACCUUCUCUAGAAACUCGUCUGUGUGUGAUCAUUCCACUCUCCUCCGGCAGGGCAGUAUUAACAGCGCAGAUGGUUACAGUCUCUACCGCUUCCACAUGGACAUGGAAGAGUUUGCGACCAGGCAGAAGGACACGGACGAGAAAGUAGGCCUAGAAAGAGAGCGGAGUGUGCGACAAGCCUCGAGCACUUGUGCUCUCAACGCAGCACAGACGCUAGAGGUUGGUGGUUUGGAGAGAUCGCGACCUAGCUCAUGUGUGGACAUUCUCAUAUCUCCAUGUGAACAGAGGCUUUCCUCUGGGGCUUCAAGCCAAGAGACCAUAGCCAACAUAAAGCAAGGCAGCACAAUGUUUCUGGACAAACUGUCAGACCAAAACAGGCUAAAACCUUUAUCGCCUGCCAAAAGGGCCAAGUCCCUGAAAUACUUUCCUGCUGAAGACCAGCCCUCAUCUCCUUUAACAAAGAGAAGAUCUAGGAGCACCACCACUGCCCACCCCACUGAUAAACCAGAGAGAUCUGUUGAGCCUACAACCGAGGCAAAACCUCUGGGAGCACCUUCCUCUUCUCCAAGGAGGGCAAAAUCUCUAAGAGAUCUUCCACUUGAAAGCCAAACAUCUCCCAUCACUAGGAAGAGGGCUACCAGCAGCAUCAUCUAUGAUCCAGUUGAAGCAGGUGAUAUAACUCAAACAGCAGCAGAUUUAAAACAUCAGGUCCAUUCUAGUGGAAAAGCAUCAUCAGUCAAAACCCUGGCUCAGCAGUUUCAAACUGCUGCUUCACCUGAAGAGUUAGAAAUGAAUCACACAGAUGUAGUUCCUUCAGAUAGUGGGACAGGACAAACAGAAAUGGAGCAAGACGAAGACCGCAAGACAACAAAGCCCAAAAGAAACCCCUCAGAUGGUACCGACUACCUGACUGUAGCCGAUGAAAGGUAUAUGCGGUCUCAAAGGUCAAAGAGCUGCAAUGCCAGCGACAGAAAAGUAAAGCCCAUGGUGUUCUUAAAAGAGCCGAGAGCCUCCAGCAGUGAGAGAGACCUCGUCGAAGCAAGCAGAGUGUCAGACCUUGGAUGGGAAGAAGAGAAGAAGAUGAUGAAGGCGGGAAAAUCACAUGAGGGUUUGCAAGACAAGAAAUAAAAGCAAUCAAGAAAAUAACACAUGGACUAUAAAACCAAGACAAGAAAGAAAAUCAUCCUUAGAUAGUGAUGGUAAAAUUAUUUGUUAAAUGUUAAGGGGUUUAAGCAAAAUCACAAGAAAUUUCUGAAGAUUUUUCUAAUUUACUGUUGCUCUUUUCUGUAGGUGUAACAUAUGAGAACUUACAAAGACUACCAGUCACAUUACAGUUUUUUUCCCCAAUUAUGUGUUUUCAUGGACAGGAAAUGUGAAUGAAAAUCUACUAAAUAUUGUCAGUUUCAGUAAAAAAAAAAAAAACAUAAGAAAAAUGCAUGCAUAUACAAUGUGAACAGCAAAACACACCAACAUUCUAUAUAUGGUUGACAUUUUCAAAUACUAUCUGUAAACAUUUUCUUUUGUCAGAUACUCUGUGCUUAGUACUGAGCCCCCACUGGGAUCUCCCUACUGCUUUCAUGCAAAAACAAUACACUUGUAUAACACCGUGAAUUCAGUCCUGCUUCUGAGAAA